AUGCGAUCUUUGGAGAUGACGGCAUCGUGGAACGAGGAGGAUGAAGACGUAGAAGUGGAGGACAUGGAAAUGCGCAAGGACGGCAGGGACGAUCUCACCGAAUCCAGCAGCGACGAGGCCACGGGGAAAAAAAGAAGAAAACACGGUGGUAGUGCGUCUAGUGGUAGUGCUUCCAGCGGUACUACGAUUCGACGGCGGAAAACGUGCAUUAGCGCGAGAGAGAGAAAUUUAAGAAGACUGGAAAGCAACGAGAGAGAAAGAAUGAGGAUGCAUUCGUUAAACGAUGCAUUCGAGCAACUAAGAGAAGUCAUUCCGCACAUCAAAAUGGAGAGGAAACUAUCGAAAAUAGAAACUUUAACCCUAGCAAAAAAUUAUAUAAUGGCACUAACGAACGUCAUAUGCGACAUGAGGGGCGAGGAAAAGCAUUACACAUUCGUCCAAGACAUGGAAAGCGACGGCGGGGAAAUAGACAUAAAUAGCGGCCUGGACGAAACGUCGAACCAAGAACCGAACAACAACAACAUUUACCAAGAGAAUUUAGAGGCGAGGGUGGAAAACGGGGCGAAUCAACGCUAA